AUGAUCCGCGGCGCCUGGAUGUACCCCCGCGGGGGCGCCGGCGGCGGGGCGGUGUGCUGCGCGCCGCGCCGCAGCGACAAACCCGUGGCCGACCCCGAGCGGGCGCAGAAAUGGCGCCUCUCGCUGGCCUCCCUCCUCUUCUUCACCGUGCUCCUCUCCGACCAUCUGUGGCUCUGCGCCGGGGCCAAGCUGCGCGCGCGGGAGCGGAGCGGCGCGGGGAGGCCGCGGGGCCGAACGGCCCGAGCGCUGCAGGAGCCGCCCGCCGGCAGCUGCGAGGCGUUCCUGGGCAACCUGAGCCGCGCGCCGGGCCCCGCGCCGUGCCCCGCAGCCCGCGCGGACCUGGACUCGGCGUGCGCCCGGCUGCACUCCCUGCAGCGCCUGCUGGGCUCCUUCGCCGGCGUGCCGCUGCGCUCGCCGCCCGCCACCGCCCUCUUCUCCUCGCCCUCCUCCAAGAGGAACUUCUUACAGGCGUACUUUAGGAACUUCAACCUCUCCUUUUGUGAUACUUACACGAUCUGGGACCUGCUGCGGGAAAUGGGAGGCCCGGACAGCUUGGAUUGCAGCGUGGAGAACCUGAUGGUGGAUCUGGUGGCGGCGGCGGCGGGCGCGCUGGGCGGGGAGGCGUGCAGCAGCUGCGUGCAGGCCUACCAGCGCCUGGACCAACACGCUCAGGAAAAAUACGAGGAGUUCGACCUCUUGCUGGAGAAGUACCUGCAGUCGGACGAGUACUCGGUCAGGUCCUGCAUCAGAGACUGCAAGGCUGUCUACAAGGCCUGGCUGUGCUCCGAGUAUUUCAACGUGACGCAACAACAGUGCCGACACCGGAUCCCAUGCAAGCAAUACUGCCUGGAGGUGCAGACCAGGUGCCCGUUUGUGUUACCGGACAACGACGAGCUGAUCUAUGGAGGCUUGCCUGGCUUCAUCUGCACGGGGCUGCUGGAGAGCCAGCUGCCCGAGGAGGAGGCCAAGUGCUGCGAGGUGCAAUGGGACUCCUGCGACCACCCCCCGGACAGCAGCUCCGACACAUCCCCCAAAUCCACGGCGUCAGAGUCGCUCCAUUACCACCGCCACGACCCCCACCUCCAUCACCAGCGGCAGAACCACUACCAUCUCUACCACCACCACCAGUACCACCACUCCCCGUCCUUGCUGCCGGUCUCCGCAGGGUCUCGCCUGGGCAGCAGCAGGAUCCGGCUGUGCGUGCUGGUUCUGAUGCUCCUCCACACCAUGGUGUCUUUCUCGAGCGUGCACGGCGGCGGCGGGGGGCUCGGCCCAGAGACCCUGCCCUCCUUGGAUGAGAGCGUGGCGCGGGACGAGUGAUGCGGAAGGCAGAGCCGACCUCCGAGAGGAAACGCCAGAUCUUUUUCCACGAAAGGGGGCACAUGCUAUUCCUCCAAUGGGAGGCACGGGAUCGGGGGUGACGCACACAGACACACCCCCACACAUUACCCCCAAGAGCUGCUCGCCGCGGGGCAUCCCCGUGAUGAAGAGUCUCUAAUGCGCACAGGGCUGCGGGACUCGGCGGUGAGAAGGGUUCAGUCAGCAGCAGCCAGGUGGCUCGGCGUGGGGCGGGAUGGGGAGCGGAGGGG